AGAGAGAGGCGGCUAGAGAGGAGCCUGCGCGGCGCUACCAGCGGGCGGUCUAGGCCGGCGGCGGGCGGCGGCGAGGGGCCGGCGGCGGCGUUGCCAUGGCGACCUGGCGGCUGCUGCGGGAGCCCCGGGCCCAGGUGUCCUGCUGCUUGGUCAGAAGAGCGUGUUUCGGACGUCCUCUCACUGGAGCACGUUCCGGUCUGCUCCAGCGCACUAAAGACGUUUGCUUGAGGCCCUGCAGACCACGAAGCUCAACAGCAGCUGCUGCCGCACCUGAAGAGGGCGUCUUUCUCAAGUGGGGCCUUCUCCUUGUCCCUCUGACCACCUUCUGCCUUGGCACGUGGCAGAUUCAGCGCCGAAAGUGGAAAUUGGAUUUGAUUGCACAGUUGGCAUCAAGAAUUGCAGCAGAGCCCAUCCCUCUGACAGUAGACCCUAUGGAAUUGAAAGAAUUAGAGUACAGGCCUGUAAAGGUCCGAGGGCAUUUUGACCACUCCAAGGAGCUCUAUAUUUUACCACGGUCACUUGUGGAUCCUGAACGAGAAGCCAGAGAAGCCGGACGGCUGACAUCCAACCCAGAAAAUGGAGCAAAUGUCAUUACUCCUUUCUACUGCACAGACCUAGGGGUCACAAUUUUAGUCAACCGAGGAUUUGUGCCCAAAAAGAAACUGAAACCGGAGACCAGGCUGAAGGGACAGAUUGAAGAUGAAAUUGAUCUCACCGGUGUGGUGAGAUUGUCAGAAACACGGAAACCUUUUGUGCCUGAAAAUAACAUUGAAAAAAACCGUUGGCAUUAUCGUGACCUGGAGGCUAUGGCAAAGGUGACUGGUGCGGAGCCCAUCUUUAUCGAUGCAGAUUUCAGAAGCACAGUCCCAGGGGGGCCCAUUGGAGGCCAGACAAGAGUAAGCCUGAGAAAUGAGCACAUGCAGUACAUCAUCACAUGGUAUGGCUUAUGUGCAGCAACUUCAUUCAUGUGGUACAGAAAAUUUAUACAAAAGAUACCUCUGUGAGGGGAAAUGCUCAUUUCUACUCUUCUAUGGUACAGUCAAGACCAGAUUUUUUUCUUUUAGAAAACAGCGAUCAGUCCUGAAGAACUGAAGCAUCCCGAGUUUCAAAGUCAUGCAUUCAAUAAAUUCGUGCAGCUGCCACACUGCAAACAGACUUUGAGCAACAGAUGCAAAUUCUGAGCUCUUACCAGUGACUCUGCCUGCAACGUGGAAACAUCCAGCUUCAAAACUGUACCUGCCUGUUUAGACUGCUGCUUAAAUCAGCUUCACUAGACCGCUCAAGGAUACAGUUUUCCACUGUGGUUGGGCAGUGGUUGUAAGAAACUUCUCCACUGCUGUAUUUUCCAUGAAGUUCAGUUUAAGCAAAUGAUGGGAAAAGAUUAAUCACAAAGUUCCUUUGUACUAACUACUCAUUCCUGAAGUCAGGGCAGUGAUUCAGCGCAGCUGAAUCAGAAUAAAUAAAAAGGGCCUACAGAUGCUCA